AUGUUAUUUUUCCAGAAUCACCUAUUGCAUGCUUUAGCCAACGAAACUCACAACAACAAAAAAAGAAUGGCCGAAGCACCACCUCAAACUGAAGCACCAUUGGCGACAGAACCGCCGUCGAAUCUACAAGAAAAUCAAGAGGAGGAAGCUCCGAUUCAAGUAAUAAUCGAUUCGGAAUCAGAAGAUGAAGCGCGAGCCGAAGAAGCGCAUUUCAAAAGAAAUGGCGGGCUUCCCUAUGAUGAUCAUAAUUAUGGAAAUUUAGAGUUGAAAAAUCGAGGAAAUGAUGAGGAAGAUGAACAACCUUUUCCUAUUAUUGGACCGCUUGAUGAAUGUGGGAUUUUUUUUAUAUAUACAUAUUUAUUUAUUGAUUUUUCUUAUUACAGAUGGAAAUGUUUUGCCAAUUGCUCCACCACAACCUCCACCACCUCACCAAACUCAUUUUCAUCCGCGAGCCGCUGCUCCAAAUCAGCCAAAACAAUACAAUGCACAUUUUAUAUCAUCUUCGGGUGAUCAUCAUCAUCAUCAUUUUGCACCGACACGAAAUGAGCCUUCGAUAGUGGCGCGGGCGCCGGCAACAAAUUCCUAUCGAGUCACGACGGAAAGUGGAGUUGGUGGUGCGAGUGGAUAUCAGGCGGGCGGCAGGACGAUUUUGCAACAGACUAGACAGAUUAUGCGACCGAGAGGUGAGGCGAAACAUUGAGAAUUUUGGGGUUUUUGUGAGAAAAUUCAUGGAAAACCAGUUUUUUUCAUUGAAAAAUGGGAAAAAUCGAUAAUUUUGGACGUGGAACCUGGAAAGCUUGAGAUUUUUGAUUGAAAAAGGGUUUUUGAUCAGAAAAUUCAUGGAAAACCACUUUUUAGCAUCAAAAGAAAAUGGAAAAAUCGUUAAUUUUGGACCUGGAACCUGAAAAGCUUGAGAUUUUUGAUUGAAAAAUCAGAUGUUCUACCCAAAAAUCUGAAUUUUUCACAAAAAUUUGAAAAUUUCACUAAUUUUCCAACAAAUUUGUCCAAAUCAAUUAGAAAAUCGAUAUUUUUUGCUCUGGAAACUAAGGGCUCACGGAAAUUCUCUGAAAACUGGGCUUUUGGUCAGAAAAUUCAAGGAAAAUCAUAGUUUUGUUGAAAAUUUCAGGGUUUUCAAUUUAAAAAAAAUGGGAAAAAUCGAUAAGUUUGACCUGGAAACUGAAAAGCUUGUGAUUUUUGGCUGAAAAAUCAGAUUUUCAAUGCAAAAAAAUCCACGUGGCAUUUUUGAGCCGAUUUUUGUAAAAAAAAAAUCAGUAAAAUCCUAAAGUUGUCUCGAAAAAUCAGAUUUUCUAACAGAAAUCCUCAUGGAAUUAGCCUAUAUUCCAAAAUCAACGAUUAUUUUCCAGCGGAACUCUCUCAAUCCGGUCAACCAAUCUACACCCAAGUCCACCAUCAUCAACCCGGAACUCUACGAGCUCAACCCGCUGGUUCUGGCACCAAUAUAAAUUCACCAAUGAUUCCACGUCGCCAACCACCACAACAACAAGGUCAACCCGGUGCCUAUCAACAUAUUGUACAAACAACACCGGCCGGUUUGAUUCGAAGAACGAUUCCGCAAAGACCGGCGAUUUUGGGACAAGCGAAUCGCGGAAUUGCUGCGACUGCUGGAAGUGUUGCUGCCGCCGCUGCUGGUGGUGAACAUUAUUCACCAGUUCAUAGGAGAAUGGCUGAUGUUGCACCGCAUAGGUGAGAGAUUUUGAUCGGAAUUCAAAUUUUCUGGCUCAAAAAUGCUCAUUUUUCAUAUUUUCGAGCUCGGAAAUGCCAAAAUUAUUGAUUUUUGAGGGAAAUGCCCCGGAUUUUUGAAUUAGCGCUCUAAAUCUAUUUUUUGAUAAAAUCUAGAGCAUUUUCUGGCUUGAAAUACUCAAAUUUCAGCUUAAAAUGGUCCCAAAUUCAAUGUUAAAUGUUAAUUUUGAGCUGAAAAUCGUUAAAAUCUCUCAAAAUUCAUGUCUAAAAAUCCCCAUUUUCAAACCAAACUAUUGUCUGGAAUUCCAGAUUUUUUUGCUGAAAAUCCAUCAGAUUUUUAAAGUUUUUUUUAGUUUUGUUUAUAAGAAAAAUGUAAUACAUUUCAAUUUCUCAAGUUUUCCUUCAAAAAAUCAUUGAAACGUACAUUUUCAGGCAUAAAAAAUGGAGCAAAAUGCUUAUUUUUCAGAAAAUCUCAAUUUUUUUGGCUGAAAAUUGAAAAAUACAAAUUUUCAGCUGAAAUUUGAAGUCUAAAAAUCUAAUUUUUCAGAAGAAAUGUGAAAUUCAGCAUUUUUGAGCUGAAAAUUCACAAAUUUUGACAAUUUUAAGCUAAAAUUCCAUUAUUUUAUUAAAUUUCAUGAUUCCUUGCUCAAAAAUGCUCAUUUUUUCACAAUUUUCGAGCUCAAAAUGCUCCAAAUUUUUCAAAUAGAUUUUCAUGCUUAAAAUAUACCAAAUUUUGUCCUGAGAAUCAUCUCAGGCUGAGCAAAAAUAAAUUGUGCUCAUUUGAAAGAUUGUGCUCUAAUUAGUACAAUCCUCGUGGGGAUUUUUUUCCUGGAAUCUUCUCGAAGAUUGUACUAAUUAGUGCACUAUCUCUCAAAAAAAGUUAGUGCACUAUCUCUCUCUCGAUUUUCAGAGCGAAAUUUGGUAUAUUUUAAGCCUGAAAAUUGAAUUGAAAAAAAUUUGGAGCAACCGGAGAACUUUAAUUUUGGGCUGAAAAUUGUGAAAAAAUGAGCAAUUUUGAGCCAGGAAUCUGAAAUUUAAUUGAAAUGAUCACACCUGGAGAGACAGUGUCCAAAAAUUUUUGUACAGUGUGAAAUUUUUUCAAAAAAAAAAUUGUGCAGCGUGAAAAUCUGAAGUUUUCGAAAAAAAAAAACCUCGCCGGCAAUAGGACUCGAACCCUGGUCUCAUGCACGCCAGUCAAAACUGCUAUCCUCUCGGCCACAUCUCUCUUUUCUCCCGAAGGGAAAAUGUUGGUGGAAAGGAAACUGUUUUCAAACGAAUGCGUUGCAACGUUGCUCAAAAUUUGAAGUUAGGAAAACUAAGCUUGGACUUGACGAACAUGGUUGAAUUUUUUAUGAUAGAUUGCUAAGGUCAUAGGCAGUGUGGAACACCAUGAGUGCAGUGUGGAAAUGCCCUAUUUCGCUGUUAUUUUGAAGUGUCCAUUUUGAUGGAAAAAUUGGCCACUGGAAAGAAUCGCGGGGCAUUUUUUAAUAAGGCAACCUCCGGGUUUGGUUUCUUCACAAAGUAGGGUUAUUUUUGUGUCUAGUUUUUGAAUUUACCCAUGUGCAGUGUGGAAAUUGAUUUUGAAAGUGACAAUUGAUGAAAAACAGUUUUUUACUGGACACUAUGUUUUUCUAGGCGAGUAAUCAAUUUCCACACUGCACAUGGAGUUCCAAUAAGAUAAAAGACUGUCUAGAAACUAUUUUCAUUUUAAAAAUGAAGAUUUUUCGAGGUAUAAACUUGUUUGUUAUAGUGUGAAAAAUUGAAAAAAAAAUAAAAAAAUUGCUUCGUUGAGCAAAACCGAACCCGUGACCUUGUGACUGAGGGCGCAGCGUCUUAGCCACUCGGACAAUCGUGUUUUUUAUUUGAAGGGAGAAAUGUUGGUGAAAAGGAAACAAGUGAUUUUUUUUCGAAAAAAUACAGUGUGACUUUUGAAAAAAUGUACAGUGUCCAUUUUAGACACGUCUCGUCAGGUGUGGAAAUGAUGGAUUUUUAGCUGUAAAUUGUCAAAAUUGUUGGAUUUCGAGCUCGAAAAUGCUGGAUUUCACAUUUCUUCUGAAAAAUUGAUUUCUAGACCUGAAAUUUCAGCUGAAAAUUUGUUUUUGUCAAUUUUCAUAUAUUGAAACAUUUUCCCCCAUUUUUUAUACCCGAAAAUGUACGUUUCAAUGAUUUUUAAAGGAAAAUUUGAAAAAUUGAAAUGUAAUCGAUCACGAAUAUUUAACAACUGAAAAAAGCUUAAAAAUUUGAUGGAUUUUUAGCCUGAAAAUCUGGAAUUUCAGACAUAUUGCAAUAGUUUUGUCUGGAAAAAUGGAAUUUACAGACCUGAAAUUUGUGCAAAAAUGGGAUUUUUAAAGCCUGAAAAUCAAGAUUUUUUCCAGAAUGACCCAAGAACAACGUCUCCAACAACAAGCUUCACUUCGCCCACCACCAGCUCCACUUCCACCACCACCACAACAAAUAUCUGCACCCCAACAACCUCAGCAGUUCACCAAUUUGGAAGGUGUUGCACCAAUGUUGGUUCCGGCACGCGGAAGCAGGCUUUUGGUGCGCGGAAGAGCUGGAAGUCACGGACAGAAGCGACGGGAAGAUGGAACGGAAAUGAUUCUCCAAGAGAGCCCGGCGAAAGCGGCGGCUCCGCAAGCGGACGCGGAUUCGCCGGCGAAAAUGGGUGCUGUAAAACCGCCGCAUCGAAUGAGUCAAGAGGAGAAGAAUGCGCAUAUUGCGAAACAUUUGGAAAAGGAUAAGAUGCCCGAUCCGAUUGCGGCAGCAACUGCGGAAAAUAAUGUGGCGUCGGUUGUGUUGGCUGUUGCGGAAGCGGUGAAUGCGGCGAAUUUGGGAGGAGCUAGGGUUGGUGGCAUUUUCUAGGGGGGGGGGUUGCUGAAAUUUGAAUUUUCAGCUCAAAAUACCUGAAGUUCAAGCCGAAAAAAUCGAUUUUCAGCACAAAUUUUUGUUUUCAAUAAUCCUUAUACCUGAAAUUGAUGAUUUUUGGAUUAUUUCAACCCAAGAAUUACCAAAAUUGUUGAAUUUCGAGAUGAAAAUCUGUAUUUUUCAAUUUUCAACCAGAAAAUUGGAGAUUUUCUAUAAAAAAGCAUUUUUUCUUGAAUUUUUAUCCCCCGAAAAUUUACGUUUCAAUAAUUUUUGAAGAGAAAUUUGAAAAAUUGAAAUGUAAUUCAUGUUUUAUUAUUAAAACUCUUGAAAUGUUGAAUUUUUCUGAAUCCCUGUAAAAUUUAUGUUAUUAUGAGCAAUGCCAUAUUUUUUCUAGAAAAAAAAGCACUUUUGCUUGAAAUUUUAUCCCAAAAAAUUUCCCCGAAAAAUGCACGUUUCAAAUAUUUUCAAUUUCAGGAUUAAAAACCUUUUUGCAGCCAUCCACGCUUCCAACACCAUCCACAUCAACUCCAACAAAUAACACUCAACAAACUGCCAAAGAAAAAGAUGAGAUAACUCGCCUUGCAAAUGAUAUCAGAUUGUCGUGUGAAUCUUUUGUGCCAGCACCACCUCCAACUUCUUCUUCUGCACACCAAACACCAUCAAAAUCCCACCAAAAUGGAUGGAAUUCGAGCCAAAAUGGUGGAGGUGCCACAGAUAAGGAAUUGACUGAAGCGCGUGUUAAACAACACAUUGAAACGGCCAGAAAACAAUUGGAAGAGGAGGGAAAUUUGCAACAUCAGCAACAACAACAGCAAAAUAUGGUGCCGAUGAUUGGAGCUGAGAGGAAACGAGCGGUUAGCUCGUUUUUGGCCGGAUUGACGCCCAAUGAUCAACCAGCUAGACAACGUGGAAGACCAAAGGGAAGCACGGGGGUGAGUGGAUUUUUGAGCAAAAUUGGGGGAAAAAUGAGCAUUUUUGAGCCAUAAAUCAAAAAUUGAGAAAUUUUGAGCCAAGAAUCAUGAAAUUUGAGAAAAUUGGAGCAUUUUGAGCCAGAGAACUUGAUUUUUGAGCUAGAAAUAUGAAAAAUGGUCAAUUUUGAGCCAGAAAAUAUAUAUUUUUAGGGCUGAAAAUUUGAAAGCCCUGAAUCAUUCAAAAUUCUGAAAUUAUACAUUUCAGCUCUGAAAAAUGUAUGAAAUUUGAUUUUUUUUUACGAGCUCUAGAGGAUUUUUUACUCCUGGAACUUGAAUUUUUAUCCAAAAAUGUUGAAAAUGUGCAUUUUUGAGCCAGGAAUCAUGAAAUUUGAUGAAACUUGUCAAAAUUUCUGUAUUUAGAGCUCGAAAAAUGCUGGAUUUUACAUUUCUUAUAAAAAAUUGAUGAAUUUUUCAUCUGAAAAUUUGUAUUCUUCAAAAUUUUCAGCCAAAAAUUUUGAGAUUUUCUGAAAAACAGCAUUUUUGCUCCAUUUUUAUGCCCGAAAAUGUACGUUUCAAUGAUUUUUGAAGGAAAAUUUGAAAAAUUGAAAUGUAAUGGGGGUCUAUCAUAAACAAAACUACAAAAAAGCCUAAAAAUUUGAUGGAAUUUCAGACAAUUUUGUCUGGAAUUUUUAGACCUGAAAUUUAGUGGAUUUUUAUAGAUUUUAACGAUUUUCAGCUCAAAAUCAGCAUGAAAUCUUGAAAAAAUGAUUUUUGGACCAUUUUCAUCCCAAUUCUCGGAAAAAAUCUGAAAAUCCAAAUUUUCAGACGCGAAAUCGCUGGUCAACCUCAUCAAAUCAACAAGAUGCCCCAAUUCCACCAGGAAAUGUUGUCCGAAUUGGUCAAGGUGUUCGAACAAUGCCAGCGCAGCCACCAAUCGCUCACCCGCUCCCACUUCCUCUUCCACUUACCCAUCCACUUGCUCCAAUACCUUCAGCACACCUUCCCGCUGUUCAAAUGCACCAACCGCCACCAAUCAAUUCACCGGGUGUCAACAAGGACUCGGAUUCGGAAAGUGAUGGAGUGAAACAGGGUGGUGAAUCGGGUGGAGAUUUUGGAGAUGAUUGGACGAUGAGAUGUCAUUGUGAAAUGUCGCAUGGUGAUGGACAUUGUGUGGAAUGCGAGAAAUGCGGGUUGGUAGCAUUUUUUAGCGGGAAAUUAUGAGCCCGGGAGCUUGAAAAUUGAUGAAAUUUGACCCUAGAUGAUGUAGAUUGUGAAAAAUUCGGUUUUGGACCUGAAAAUCAUGAAAAUUCAGCUCAGAAGCUUGAAAAUUCUGAAAAAUUUACUCUAGAGGUCCUAAACUGUGAAUCAUUUUGCUCUGGGCCUCAUAUUCAUGGAAAUCUGGCCUCAGAAACUUUGAAAAUGGUUUUUUGAACUUCUAAAUUUAGAAAAAUCUAAUUUUGACCUCAAAAUUUUAAAAAUUCGGCUUCGGACCUUGAAAAUUACGGGAAAUUUGACUCUGGAGACUGUAAAAUCUGAUUUUGCAACCCGGAUUCGGCCAAAUCCUAACAUAAAAAUCCAAUUUUUCAUUGCAGAAAUUGGCAACACACAUUAUGCAUGGGCUUGAAACCAUCGGAAGCCGACAAAAUGAACAAUUAUCAAUGUGAAGUUUGUCAGCCGCGUAUUUUGUCGGUCACCAAAACGGAAGCGCGAAAAAUUCAAAAACGCGAGUUGGAUCGAUUGAGGAAAGCGACGGCGAAAAAGGAGAAGAAGAGCGGAGGAGCGAGAAAGGUGAGAGAUUCUGGAUUUUCAGACACUGAAAAUGCUGAAAUUCUUUGAUUAGGCUGAAAAUGUGAUUUUCCAAACCUGAAAUUCAGAAUUGUUGAAGAUUUUUGAUUUAUUUCAUUCCGAGAAUUUUCAAAAUUGAUGAAUUUCUAGCUGAAAAAUUUUAUUUUUCAAUUUCAGCGUGAAUUUUUUGAGAUUUAAUGCCAAAAAAUUGCCCCGAAAAUUUAAGUUUCAAUAAUUUUUGAAGUGAAAUUUGAAAAAUUGAAAAAUAAUUCAUAUGUGGUUUUAUUUGUUUGAAUCUCUUGAAAUGUUGGAUUUUUCUCAAUCCCUGUAAAAAUUAUGUUAUCAUGAGCAAUGCCAUUUUUUUUUCUAGAAAAAAAAAUUGAAAAAUAGAUUUUUUGCUUGAAUUUUUAUCCCCCGAAAAAUGUACGUUUCAAAUAUUUUUGAAGAGAAAUUUGAAAGAUUUAUAUGUAAUUCACCUUGCAGCCUUGUUGCGAACAACCCAAUUUUACGCAUUUCCGCACAUGCGGAAGCUUGCGGAAAUCACCAAUUCCUCUUUUUUGCAGAGUCUCCCAAAAGAUGCAACAAAACGCCGUUCAUUAACCGCUUCCGCACUCACCAAACCCGAUCCGCCACCGUAUUCCGAUGCCAACGAUUAUUCGAGAACCGCCCAAAGAUUGUUGAAAACACUUGGAGCAACUAGUGGAGCAUCGGGACUUUUGGAAGAUGCGAAAAGUCGAACGAGAGCGAAAAGAAUGUUUGUUGAGGAGAAUAUUGAAGGUAUGGGUAGGGAAUUGAUGAAAAGCCUAAAAAUCCUGAAUUUCUAGGCUCAAGUCAAGCCUGAUCUCAAACUCUCCUAAUUUCCAGGCCUCGUCUCAACAGCGCCCGUCGAUCCUCGUCAAGUCAUCAUCGAAUUGUCCGGCUACGUUUGCCGACCCGAAGAAACAACGAGAGAAGCUGGUGGUAUUGCAGGUGUCUAUCAAUAUGAUGGCCUAAUGAAAGGACCGACUGGAGAGGAUAUUGGACCAUCCACUGGAAAUGAAUUGAUUUGUAUUGAUGCGAAAAAGAAGGGAAAUGAUUCGAGAUAUACGAGAAGGUAAUUUUUGGGGGAUUUUUGGAAACUAAAAUGAGCCUGAAGGCUGAAAAAUAGGCCUAAAAAUGUUGUCAGGCCUGAAAAUUAGCCUAAACUUGGUCUAGAUCUAGUUUUGAUCGGCCUGAAGUUGGGUAGAAUUUUGAUAAGCCUAAACAUAUCCUGGAGAAGCCUAAAAAUAAGCCUUGCUGAAUUUUGCUAGGCCUGAAGAUGAGCCUGAAAAAUCCACGUGGCGAAAUUCAGCUAAUAGACUUUAUUUAGGAUAAAAAUGAGCCUAGAAAUGUUGUCAGGCCUGAAAAUCAGCCUACGUUUGGUCCAAAUCAAUUUUUGAGUGGCCUGAAGUUGGCAGACAUUUGGUGAGCCCGAAAUUUGUCUAGGCCCAUUUUUGGCAAGCCUACUCUCAUUUUGCUGGGCCUAAAAAUUGUCCUAGAUUAAUUUUUGCUAGGCCUAAAAGUACCCAACUAAAUUGUUGGCUAGGCCUGAAUAUCCAGAGUCUAACACUGACCUAAAGGGCCGUUUUGAGGCCUGAAAUAAAUCUAGAAAUACCCUAAGCCUCGAAAAUCUCCGAAUUUUUGCAGAAGUUGUCAACCGAAUUGUGUUCUCAAGCAUGUUUUGGACGAAAAAGGCAUUUUGGGAGUAAUGAUUGUUGCCACCCGCUUCAUUCCAUAUAAUACUGAAAUUACACUGCCUUUUGAUAAUGAUUGGAGACAAAGAAAAAACAAAUUGACUUGCGCCGAUCAUUUUGGAGAGGAAUCAACGAAUUGUGGUCCGGAAAUUGAGCGGGCUCGAUUAAAUCCGCCGAUUUUGAAUGUCCCACAACCACCCAAAAGACCCGCAAUUUUUGAUAGUAUUUUGAAGAAUGAAGAGGAUUUGGUGGAUGCGGCACAACGAGCGGAUAUUCAGCGGAAAGAGCGGGAAGCGGCCAAGCAGUCGGCGACUCCCAAAACCACUCCAAAAGUUGUUGCGCCGAAACCCCCGCCGAAAGCGCGAGCUGUUAGCCUCGAGAAAUCGCCGUCGGUUGGCAGGAAAUCGGAAGAGGGAGAGAAGAAAUUGGUGAGGAUUUUGGGGGUUUUGAGCCUAAAAUUUGAUGAAAAUUGACCCAGGGCAGAUUUUCUGAUAAAAAAUUGGCUAUAAUUCAAAAAUUUUGAUGAAAAAUAACCCUUGGACGAUUUCUGAGCCUGAAUUUGGCUCCUGAAUGAUUUUUCUAGUGAAAAUUGAGCCCUGCAUCAAUUAUGUGCUCAAAAACAGCUUCAGACCGUUUUCCAGCCAAAAAAAAAUCUGAAAAUCAAGAUUUUCAGCGUGAAAAUUGACUCGAGGCUCAGUAUUAGCUGAAAAUCUAAAAAUCUUUUGAAUUUUGAGCGAAAAGACCGGAAUUUGUGUUGAACAUCACAAAAGCAGCUGUAUUGCUCAUAUUAAACUCGAAAAACGCCUGGAAAUUCCAAAAUUUCAUGAAUUUUUAAGCGUUGCUCAUAUUAUACUGGAAAAAAUGCCUGAAAAAUUCAAGUUUUCAUGAAAAUACAAGUAUUGCUCAUAUUAAACUCGAAAAACACCUGGAAAUUCCGAAUUCUCAUGACAAUUCUAGUAUUGCUCAUAUUAUCCUGAAUAAAAUUAACCUUGAUUCUAAACUUUAGGAUUUGGAAUCUGGAAAAUAGUAAUUUUUAGCUGAAAAAUUCAGUUUUGGUAUCAAAAAAUCAGAUUUUUGUUCGAAAAUUAGGCUAAAAUAAUUUUCUAGCUGUGAAAUCCAAUUUUUUAUCCCAAAGCCCCAUUUUUGCAGAGCCGCGAAGAACGUCGAACUCAACAAUAUGAAAUUCUAUUCUCUCGACAAGAAGAAGAGGCGAAAAAGAAGGAAAGUAAACGAAAAUCGACUGGAAAAACAGCGGAAAAGAAAGAAAAAUCAGUGGAAAAAGAGCUGAAAGAGGAGGAGCCAAAGAUUGAGCCAAAAGAAGAAGAGAAGAUUCCAGAAACACCCGAAAAACCGGCUGAAAAACGAACAUCGGCGAGAAGAGUUUCGGCGAAAAUCGCCGAAUCCACGCCGACUCGAGAAUUGUCGGCCAGACAGAAAAAGAAGAGAUUGGAAUCGGAAGCCGAGUCCGAAGGUGAGCGAUUUUGAGCCCUGGAGCUUGAAAAUUUGACCUGAAAUUCAAAAAAUUGAUGAAUUCUGAGCUCUGGAGCUUGAAAAUCAGAAAAAUUGACCUGAAAUACGAAAAAUUGAUGAAUUUUAAGCCCUUGAGCUUGAAAAUCCGAGAUUUCUUUUUUUCCUUAAAGGGGGUACGGGCUAAUCAAAAUUUUAUGGAAAAAAAUAUACCAUCUGAAAGAAGAGGUUUCGUUUAGUAUGUUCCCAAAUUUUUAUAAUUAUUUUUCACGUUUGAAUACCAUUUUUUCACGCGCAAACACGAAAAAGUUGCGCUCGACCUCAGAGAAAUAGCAUGCAGACACGAGAGACACAGCGUAUUUAGGCCCCGCCCCCUUCUAUGCGCUGUGUCUCUCGUUUCUCUAUGCUAUUUCUCUGAGGUCGAGCGCAACUUUUUCGUGUUUGCGCGUGAAAAAAUGGUAUUCAAACGUGAAAAAUAAUUAUAAAAAUUUGAGAGCAUACUAAACGAAACCUCCUUUUUCAGAUGGUAUAUUUUUUUCCAUAAAAUUUUGAUUAGCCCGUACCCCCUUUAAAACUUGUCGAAAAUCAAGAUUUUUUUCGAAAAUUUCAAAAAAAAAUUUUGCAGCCUCAGCCUCUGCUUCAAUUUCCAAAACCACAACAACAUCAGCCACAGUUCCACCAUUGAAACGUUGGAAAGCGGAAGCGGCAAAAGAAUCGGCACAAAAUCAAAAAGUCGAAUCACCGAUGGUAUUCAAAAAACAAUGGAUGAAACGACAUAUUGCUGAAGUUGUUAGUGAGGUCUCACCGUCGAAAAAAACGCGUCGCUCCUCUGUCGAAAAGUUCACUUUCGGCGAAAUUCGCGCACAAUUUCGCGAAAACGCGCGACUUGUCGCUGAAAAACUCGGAAAACAAUGGUAUGAUCCGUCGAGUUGGAUGACCAAGGAGGAUAAGGUGAGAAAUCUGGAAUUUUGGCUGAAAAUGACCCAAAAAUUAAUUUCAGGUGUCUCGAAAAGUUCGAAAUAUGAUUGAAGAUCAACGAAAACAAGACGAGGAGAAAGAGCGUAGAGAACGAAGAGAGAAGAGAGAAUCAGAGAGUGAGAGACGAAAAAAGGCUGAAGAGACGGUAGAGAAAAAUGAGGAGGAAGCAGAGAUUGAGAAAGUGGAAGAGACGCAGAUGGUUAGAGAACAAGAAGUUGCUGCAGCACCGACAACAUCGAAAAUUGUUGCGAUUGAAGAGGAGGCAAAAAAAGUGACGAGAAAGGUGGGAAUUUUGAAAUUUGGGGUCGAAAAUUGGAUUUUUCAUGGAAAAUUAGCCCUGGGGCCGAGUUUUGAGCACGAAAUUGGAUUUUUUACGAAAAAUUUGGUCCAGGGUGAAAAUUUGAGCAUUGCUCAUAUUGAACUUGGAAAAUAGCUGUGAAUUUGAGCAUUGCUCAUGUCAAACUCGAAAAUUUCUGAAAAUCCCAAAUUUCCUCGAAAUUUUCAAGAAUUGCUCAUAUUAAGCUUGUAAAAUACCUGAAAAACUUGGUCUGAUCAAUUUUUUCGGUGAAAUUAUCGAGAUUUGCAGGAAAAUUAGAAAGUUUGGGUCGAAGUAUCGAAAUAUUAGCGAAAUUUAGUCCAAAGCGAAUUUCUAGAGGGAAGUUAACGAAGUUUUCAGGAUAAUUAGACUUAUGAGGGAAUUUUGAGUCGGAACUUAGUUCUAGAGCGAAUUUAUGGAGGGAAUUAUCGAAAUAUUGACGAAAAUUAGGCACUGGACUACUUUUGGACUGGAAAUUCGGACCAGAGCGAAAUUCUGCGUGAAAAUAUUACAAAAAUAGGACCAUAGAGGAUUUCCGGGCCGAAUUAUUGAGAUUUUAGCGAAAAUUAAUCCUAGAGCAAAUUUCUGGAGGGAUGAAUUUUUCACUGGAAACAUCGAUUUUUAGCGAAAAUUAGGCUCUGGAUAUAUUUUUUACUGGGACCAUCGAAAUAUUGGCGAAAAUUUGGACCAGAGCGAAUUUCUGGGUGGAAAUAUUACGAAACAAGGACCAUAGAGGGCCAAAUUAUCGAAAUUUUAGCGAAAAUUAGUCCUAGAGCGAAUUUCUAGAGGGAAGUUAUCGAAAUAAUGAUGAAAAUUAGGCUCUGGACGAAUUUUUUACUGGAAAUUUGGACCAAAGCGAAUUUCUGGGCCGAAUUAUCGAUUUUUCAGCGAAAAUUAGGCUCUGGGCGAAUUUUUUACUGGGGAUAUCGAAAUAUUGACGAAAAUUUGGACCAGAGCGAAUUUCUGGAGGGAAUUAUCGAAAUAAUGAUGAAGAUUAGGCCCUUGACGAAUUUUUGACUGGAAAUUUGGACCAGAGCGAAUUUCUGGGCCGAAUUAUCGAUUUUUUUAGCGAAAAUUAGGCUCUGGGCGAAUUUUCUACUGGGGAUAUCGAAAUAUUGAUGAAGAUUAGGCCCUGGACGAAUUUUUACAGAGAUUUAUCAAAUUUGUUAUAAAAAAUCUGACCUAGAGUCGAUAUUUCAUCAAAAAUUAGAGUUUUUGGGUUAAUUGUUGUGUUUUGUUUUGAAUUUUCAUUGAAAAUUGUGCCAAAAUGUAAGUUAGGGCCGAUUUUUUCAUCAAAAAUAAAAUUUCGUCUGAAAAUCAGUGUAUUUUUGCAGCGUCUCUCGGUUGCCGAAUACAAAAUGCGAAAAUCUGGAAAUUUGCCAACUGGAAUCUAUCACGGACCAAUUGACACCAGCUCUUCACAAAAAGACGAAUCGCCGGUCAGCCAAAAACCAUCGUCUUCCGGUUUUAUUCCGAGCACCGAAGGAGCCAGUGGGCAAAAUGUGAGUGUUUUUGGGGGAAAAUGGGGAAAUUUGCGAUUUUUUGAUACUAAAUAUAUGAUUUUUUACUCCAAAAUUGAAUUUUUCGCCUAAAAACCGAUUCUACGCUCGUUUUUUCGUCAAAAUUUCAAUUUUAGGCUCCAAAAAUCACCCUAGAGCUCAUUUUAAUGUUUAUUUACCCAAAAAUUUAUGGGAAUACUUGAAAUUCUGGAUUUUUAGCUUCAUAAUAGUAUUUUUGAGCUGGAAUUUGUCAAAAAUUUGGUAUUUUGAGCUGAAAAUGGUCAGAAACGAUCAACUUUCACCUAAAAACCAGGGUUUUACCCUAAAUUAUGUUCCCAUCAAAAUCACUUUUCAGCUGAAAAUUGAGUUCUGGAGCUUCAAAAAAUGCUGGAAAAUCAGAAUUUUUAUCUGAAAAUGCUCUAAUUUUCAUCCAAAAAAAUCGUCCAAAUUUUAUACGUUUCAAAAAUUUAUGAAUUAUGAUUGGUUUUUGAAAUUUUUGAUAGUCUUCUCACAUCUGAUCAAUUGUCGGAAAAUUAACCUGAAAAUCAAUUUUCAGAUUGAAUUUGAGCUCUGGAGCUUGAAAACUUCUCCAAAAUUGAUUUUCGGCUCAAAUUUGAGCUCCGGACCCUGGAAAAUAUCAAAUUUAGAAGAAAACGAGCUCUGGAUUGAAAAACUCGAGUUUUGUGCUCAUUUCUCUUCAAAAAUCCUUAUUUUCAGCCAGAAAAUUACUGAAUUUUCAGUCUGAGCAUUGCUCAUAUUAUGCCCAAAACUUUAGCAUUGCUCAUGUUAAGAUGCUCAGAAAUGAUCAAUUCUGACCGGAGAUGAGGUUUUUAUCAUCUAAAUUCAAUUUUUGGUCAAAAAUUGGGCAUUGCUCAUGUUAUAAUUUCUUUUGCAGCUCGCCCAACUUCCAUUCGUCGCUCCACCCUCACCACCAAAAUCCUUCUAUCCGCCACCAACUGGUGUAGUUUUGGAAGAUCCACGUCUUCUGCGUGAAUCGGCUCGUUAUGCUCCUCCCCCACCACCUCCACCACCGCCACGUGGCUCACAACAUUUGCCACGUACACCACCACAUCCUUCUUCAUCAUCUUCCUCGUCCAAACCACCAUCUACAGUAACCCAAUCGGCUGAUGAAUCGCCACGUAUGUCGUUGAAGGAUCGAUUGUUUAGUGAAUUUGGAUUGGGAAGUGGAUCGCCUUCUUCUUCUACCAGAAAACGUGAGUAUUUUUGGGGGGAAAUUUGAUGAAAAAUGGGCUCUGGGUGAUUUUUUGGUGAAAAAUUUGCUAAAAUUCAGAAAAUUUUGAUGAAAAUUGAGCCAUGGAUGAAUUUUUUGGUGAAAAAUUGAUUCUUCGAUGAUUUUUCUCAUGAAAAAUGAGCCCAGGAGCUGUUUCAAAGCUUAGAAUCACAAAAAUUCAGCCCUGAGCAGAUUAUCUAUUGAAAAAUGAGCUCUGGACGAUUUUUGAGUCUAAAAUUUGCAAAAGUUGAUGAAAAUUGACCCGGGACUGAUUUUUCUAUCAAAAAUUGGCUAAAAUUCGAAAAAUUUUGAUUUGGACGAUUUUUGAGCCGGAAUUUGGCUCCUGAAUAAUUUUUCCAAUGAAAAUUGAGCCCAGGAUCAAUUUUGAGCUCAAAAACAGCUUCAGAUCGUUUUCUAGACAAAAAAUCUGAAAAUCAACAUUUUCAGCGUGAAAACUGUCGAAAAUUUUGAAAUUUUUUCGAAUUUUGUCCUGGAAUUGAGCAAAAAACUGUGUUUUUUGUUGAAAAUUAGAAAAUUAGCUGUAUUGCUCGAAAAACACAUCAAAAAUUCAAAUUUCCAUCAAAAUUUAAGGAUUGCUCAUAAUAAAUUCAAAAAAUCCCGAAUUUUCAUGAAAUUUGAAACAUUGCUCAUAUUAUAAUUUUAAAAAUCUGGAAAUCUCAAUUUUCAGUCUAUAAUUGACCAGAAAAUAAUAAUUUUUAUAAAAUUUUAAGCAUUGCUCAGAUUAACCUCUAAAAAUACAUUGAAAAUUAAAAAUUUAAUGAAAUUUGAAUCAUUGCUCAUAUUAAACUCGUCAAUUUUUGCAGAAUCUCCACCUCCACCACCUCCAACUCGAUCUCGUGCCUCAAGAUGGCAAUAA